GUAAACCAAUGUAAAGUUGACCACUGUCCUUCAAAUUCAUUUGUCAUUGUCACUGGUUGUGUCAGCAGGCAACAAAACCUGAUAAGAGUUUGUGGUAAAAUUCUAAUGAUUGAGGCUUAUGAAGGCACUAAAAUAAAUUGGUACUCUGUGCAGAUGGUAUUUGAGUCCCUGGGUGGUGCAAUGGAUUAAAUGUGCUCAGCUGCUAACCAAAAGGUUGGGGGAUUGAGUCUGCCCAGAUGUCCCUCAGAAGAAAGGCCUGAUGAACUACUUGUGAAAAAUCAUCCGUUGAAAACCCUAUGAGCACAGCUCUACUCUGACAGAAAUGGGGUCGCCAAGAGCUGAAAUUGGCUGGAAGGCCCACCAAGACCAUCACUAUGACAGAUGGGGACUAUGAUUACCUGAUCAAACUCCUGGCCCUUGGAGACUCAGGGGUGGGGAAAACGACAUUUCUUUAUAGAUAUACCGACAAUAAAUUCAACCCCAAAUUCAUCACAACAGUUGGAAUAGACUUUCGGGAAAAACGUGUGGUUUAUAACACGCAAGGACCAAAUGGAUCUUCAGGGAAAGCAUUUAAGGUGCAUCUUCAGCUUUGGGACACUGCAGGACAAGAGCGGUUUCGGAGCCUCACCACCGCGUUUUUCAGAGAUGCCAUGGGCUUCUUAUUAAUGUUUGACCUCACCAGUCAACAGAGCUUCCUAAAUGUCAGAAACUGGAUGAGCCAACUGCAAGCAAAUGCUUAUUGUGAAAAUCCGGAUAUAGUAUUAAUUGGCAACAAGGCAGACCUGCCAGACCAGAGGGAAGUCAACGAACGGCAAGCCCGAGAUCUAGCAGACAAAUACGGCAUACCCUACUUUGAAACAAGUGCAGCGACUGGACAGAAUGUGGAGAAAGCUGUGGAGACCCUUCUGGACUUAAUAAUGAAGCGAAUGGAACAGUGUGUAGAGAAGACACAAGUCCCUGAAACGGCCAAUGGAGGAAACUCGGGAAAGCUAGAUGGGGAGAAGCCAGCAGAGAAAAAAUGUGCCUGCUAGACUCUACAUGUGAACUGAUAAUCAAGAGCCCCACUCAAAUCUUACUUCCACAAAUGGUGACCAACCACAAAAUCGUUGUUGAGUAGACAGUGCACAACGGCAUGUCUUUGUGUGCCAGAAAAUCUAUUUUAAGAAACCACAAUAGUCAACAGUGUGCAAAAGAAUUAAGUAGCUUUUCCUGAGGUCCCUCCCAACAAGAUCAAAGAUUUCCUAAUGAGAUCUCACCAUCAUGGAUGCUCAAUUUGUUUUUCUUAUAAAGAUGAGUACAUAAGAUAGUGUUCAAGAGGAAAUAUUAAUUUUUUUUUAAAUCAACAAAAUAUGCCUUGCCAUAUUGAGGAGAGAGGCUACUAAAAAGAAAGGAUAGAAAGAUGAUGAUUUUCUUCUUUUUUAAUGAUUGGGUAUCCUUCCUAUAUAGACUCUGAUUUAUAUCAUCAGGUUUCCACUGGAGGAAAAUAUAGCAGCUAAAAAUGGAUGAACAAUGAAGAAUUCUAUGUGGUUCAUUAAGAGUGGCAUUACAACCAAUAAGCUGUCCUUGAAUGACUAAAUUACUGAUAAGGUUAUGUGAGGGUGAAUGUCAGAGUUCUGCUAAAAUGUAGGGGAUUGUGUAAUGAUGCCAUUUUUAUAUUCUUAAUAAAUAGCAGGUGGACAAGGACAGAACAGUGAAUGACAAAGUACAAGAGAAAUGACCUGGCAGAAAAACAUGCGAAUAUGUGAACAUGGCAUUUGGAUGGCUGAAACAAAAUGUAUCUGUUACAGAUGUCUGAGAGAAUUGUUUAGCCAAAUUUUACUCAAGCCAAUUAGAAGCUGACGUUAUCAGUGGGGAUUAAGAGAAUCUCUGGAGGUUUUCGUUUCAAACCAACUCUUAGAAAUUGGUUCAGUAUUCAGAUCACACUUCACUGUUUUUCUCAGCAAAUGUUGAAGAAUCAGAAGGAGAAAUUAAGGAUUGCCGUUGAUUAAAUAGCUCUUUUGAAAACUAGCCUCAGCCAUUUUCGUUUUAGAUAAAAUAUUCUGGUGUUCCUUGAAAAAGAAUAUGACUAUUAAUUUUGGGGGUAUUAAUUGUGUGUUUCCUUUUAAUUUAUAAAAAAAAAUUAUAAGAGCAUUAGAAACAUAAAUCAUACUCCUUUCCUUCACACCUCUGACUUUGAAUCAAUUUUAGAAAAGCCGAUGUGUUACUUUGUAAAUCAGCAAUUUCAGAGUCAUGAUGGAUCAAUACUAUGGCCACUCUGAACUUUCGUUGUGACUCAUCACAUACAAAUUGAUGAUACCUCAUGCUGUAUUACAAUACGCUUAGCGUUUGUUUUUAUUUCACCUAUUAAGGUCUAAAUAUGCAUGGCUGAGCUAUAUUGGGGAUUGGGUAUGGCGGGAGCUAUCGCUUAUGUCACCAAAAAUUUGGUUAAUUGCUUUAUUAUUCAUAUAAAACUGCCUUUUUUCUCAAAAAUGAUCACAAAACUCUUUUCCAUUAGUCUAUUUUUAUUAUUUCAUCUAAACUAGUAUAUUUUCUUUAUGAUCUCGGUUUAUGAGAUCAUGAGCCAUUCCUAUCAAACUGAUUAUUAUUUAAAUAUUUUAGUCAGUUUUAUCAAUAAUAUGACUCAUGUAUCCUCUGUAACAAAGGCAAGGCACUUCAAGUUUUCUCUCUUCCUUACGAGGAUACAGUUUUCCAACUGGAUAGCUCCUCUUUCUAUAUGAUUUGGCAAUGAAACCUCAUUUUUCCAGACUCUGUGCCUCAUUUUUUGUUAAAUUACAAAAGCAUGGGAAACCUAAAUUACAGUCCCCCUUUCAAUCCUCUCCACCAACUUCCACCUGGCUUUGCAUCAAUUUUAGAAACACAGACACAUCCAAGUAAAUGUCUUUUUGUCAUGUUCUUAGGAUGGAAUUGACCCAGAAAUGUGUCAUGAGUAACAGCACUUUGGAGGCUUUGAUAGGGUUAGCCUGGUGAAAUCCGCAGUGUUAACUCCCUCGUUCCUCUGCUUUCUGCAGCACUGUGCCUGCCUCUAAGAUUGAUCACAGUUUGGUAUUACCUCCAGUGGUGUUUUCUCUAUGGUCCUCCUCCCAUGUGCCAUGAAAAUAGAAAGCUAUUAGCUAAUAGUUAAGGUGUUUCUUCUAGAAGGAAAAUGAGCAGAAGCAAUGUAACUAUUGCUGUGGCAAAAUUUCGUAAACUUUUGUGAUCAUUAUAGCAAUUUCUUUUUGGGGAUUCAAAUUGUAACACCCUCUGCAUUUCCAUAUUAGGGGAUGUUUGGCCUUUAUAAAACCCUAAAGGUAUUCUAUUUUUGGUAUGUCUUUUUGUGUUCUCUCAUUUUUUAGCUAUAUGAUUGAUUUACUUAUGCCAAAAUUCUGUCAUUGUCAGUUGUUUAAUGAGCAUUUCUUGAGGGUCUAUUUUAAGAUGAUGCUAUUUGAUAGCUGUAGCAUGAAGCAGAAGGUGAUGAUGCCCAUAAUUAUAGAAUCAUGCCUGUAAAAAUAAUUAUUGAGUAAUAAUCUCAAGAGGAAUGAAAUUUGACAAGAAAGUGAAUUUAAAAAUAUUCUGUUUGUAAAUAAAGUACUUGAUCCAAAAAGAUGUUUCCUCUAUAAAGUUUGACAUCUGAGUAUCAAUUCCAUGUAACCAUCCCUAGAAAUGCCUUCUCUCAUUACUUCAAAAUCAAUAGUUCUGUAUAAUUCAUUUGAUAAUGUCAAACUCAUCCGGUGCCAUGAAGUAUACAGACUCCUUUAAAGAAUUGUAGACCCCGGUUGCCCACAAUAGCAUGUACUUUUACUUUUGUGUCCUGUUACUGAUUAUCUCCCAAACGCUUUAGUAAAUCAUAUUGUAAGUUGACAAAAUAUUUAAAAUGUACAUGAAACUUCUUUUUGGAUAUAGAAACCAUGUCUGUAGUGUUUCUACUGGUUGAUGUUUACAUAGCUCUAACACAGUGCCUCAGAUACCUCUGUGACCAAAUUUAUCUCUACCCACGUAGAUCAUUUUCUAUAACGUCCUAUUCUAUGGAAGCCUCACAGAGACUCCAACACAGCUGUAAGUCCUCCGAUGUCUUCAGCAAAGGAUGCAAGGACUUGGUUGGAAUCUGGAUACUACGACUACCAUCUGGUCUCCUAGCUCACUUCUCAUGGAGUAGGCAUUCUUUGAGACUCUUAACCAUAAUUAGGUACAGGGUUAGCUUUUAAUGUUAAAAAUAAAAUUCUUUUACAAAAAACAAAAGUGAAGAGAACAUAACGCUUGUCUUGGUCUAACGAUGGGAACUAGUCAUGACUUGCCACAGAAAAUGCUAAAUGUGGGUGUCUGCACAGAAUCUGUAAAACUCUUGCAAAUCACCACCAUAGCCACUUUGCUAUCAUUUCCAUAUGAUUAGCUAUCACACGGCAAAAAUGAAAAAACCAGCAUUUUCUAAAGUAAAUAUGGUAUGUUACUUUUGACUAGAAGAGCAGUUCUGUGUAUCAGUGGGUUCUUGUUAGGCUUCAAAUUUUUUAUUCCUUGCCAACCUGUACAGGUAAGAUGAGCCAGGGUAAAAAUUUUAAUCAGCCCAUCCCUAUCUCCUUUGUAAGAGAGAGAUGCUUGACCAUAGAAAACCACAUGACUACAUCAAAAAUCAGUAACAGCCAAAAUAUUUUUUAAACUAUAAAGCAAGUCCACUGGGAAUCAACAAAUUUGAUGAAGCACAUAUAUAUUCUUACCUGUGGGAGUGGAAUAAUGCAGUCGUUAGAAAGAGAGGCAAUAUCGUGCAGUAGAUACAGUGUGCAACUGGGUAUAGUGUGAAACCUGGACUCCUGAGUACCAACAUGCUGUGCCGUAGAACAAGAUAAUUCAUGGUUCUCUGCUUCUGUUCACUUAAAAAAGGGGGCAUAUCCUUUCCUCCUUGUACACUACACUACACAUUUGAGGAAAAAAAAACAUAAAGGAUUUGGGGUUACAAUCUAAAAUUCAAAGUAUUAAAAAAAAUGGUUCUUCAGGUCUCCGAUUUCCUAAGAUACUUAAUUACUCUUUAAAAGGAAAAUAUGAAACCAGAUGUUAGCCAAAGUUAUAGAAAAGUUUUCUUUCACCCUCUACUGUCAUCAAGUUGCCAUCGAGUCGAUUCCGACUCGUAGAGACCCUAUAGGACAGAGGAGAACUGCUCCAUUGGGUUUCCAAGGAGCGGCUGGUGGAUUCGAACUGCCGACCUCUUAGUUAACAGCUGAGCUCUUAACCACUGCAUCAUCAAGCUGUCAAGUGCUAAGUCUAGUAUAUCUGGAUAUCUUAGGGAAUGCAUCAUUUUUAAAGAUGCGUCUAUAUUUGAAAAUGUUGUCUAAAGAUUCAACAUAAGCUGUAUUUUCUUUUUGACCUUUAACCAAGAUGAUAAGCUUAUUUCUGGGAAGAGUUCUGAACUCUCUCUUCAGCAUGGAAAAUUGAUAUAGAAUACUCUCUGAGAUGAAUGUUGUCUCAAUGCUUUAUAAAUUUAUCAAGCUAUUUGUCUCAUAAGGUAGAACUGCUAACUGUUAGAUACUUAGGGAAUAUAAACAUUUGCCUUAGAAUUCUUGUGUGGAGGCCAAACAACAAUGACAUUGUUGAGCAAGAACUACAAAGAGAGAUAAGAGUUAAAAGUUGUCUAACUAGUCCUCUUAAAUAGCAUGGAGAAAGGUCAUAUUUAAAAGGCCGAUUUUUUCAGUAGGGAAAGACAAGUCUUCCAACAGAAACCUUGUAACCAACAGAGUUUCUGUAACAAGAUCCCGGCAAAUAUCUGCCCAUCAUUUCCACCAACCUUUCGUUACCAUUGGCAUAAAUGGUUUGCCAGCCACUUUUCAUGCCUCUGGACCUCACUGGCAAGGAGUUAGUCCAGUUGUAAUGCACUCAAGGUGGGUCCCUUUUGAAAUGCGUGAAGCUCAGCAGAACUGAGUUGGAGCCUAGUUGUGUAGAUUGAGCAUUCUAUUAGGUGAUGCUGCCUGGAUGUGCUAGUUUUGUAAACUUUUGCCUUUUUUCCCCUUUAUUUCUGUGAGAUACGCUUGCAAGCACAAUUACGGCUUUCCCGUGUGAUAUUUAGGGAGCACUGAUGGGUUUGUUUUGGAAAGGUGCCUGCAAUAAAUUAUGCCUCUAGUUCCCACUGGCAUUUCGUCAUGCCACAGAUUUGUGGUGCCACAGCGCCACUAGUGCCAUUGGCAGAUUGUAUUGUCAGGUCAUGUUUCUCAAGAUCCAUACUACCAAUCAAAAAUUUAAACACACUCAAUUAGUAAGCAUGCAUUUCAAUACUGAAAACGCAUGCCAUCAAAAAAAAAUUUUUUUUUAAAUAAAAAUUUGGUAAUGAAAGGUUUUAACCAAAUAGAGGUUUCUGACCUUAAAACUAAGCUAAUAAAAUAUUUAAAGAUUGAAUUUUAUUAUUGGCAUUAAAAUUUGGGAAACAGGAAUAUUUUGUUUACUAUAUAUGAAUCUAAUUGUCUCAUAAAUUGUACUUUGAUUAAAAUUUCAAGAAAGAACAUACCAAAGGUGUUUUUCUGUGGAGUUCUUUGUACCACCACACUAUGGCUGAGAUAUUUUCUUUCUGUGUGGAAACAUCAUAUAAAACAAAACAACUUUAUUACCAAGUAGAGGGACUACCUAAAAUCCUGUCAUCUUUUGCAAAUGUGUAUAUAUAUAUAUUUGAAACCAAAAACCACAUCUGUUGCCACUGAGUUGAUUCCGACUCAUAGCGACCAUGUAGAACGGAGUAGAACUGCCCCAUAGGGUUUCCAAGAACAGCUGGUGGAUUCAAACUGCUGACCUUUUGGUUAGCAGCCAAGCUCUUAACUGCUGUGCCACACAGAAGUCAUCUUUGAAUCAAGUGGUUUAAAUUUGAUUUCUUGGUUCUUUUCUAACAGGUUAUGGAAGGCAUGGGUAUUAUCCCUCAGCUGACUUAGCUCUUAAGGCUCAUUAACAAAACCCACAGGAAUCAAAAUAUCUGUCCUUAACCUAAUAGAUUCAUUAUUUAACCGGUGACUGCUGUCCCUACCUCUGUUAGCACUAAUACAACCCCUAGUAAGGUAAAAAUAUUUGCUUAUUCUUACCCUUCUAUUCUCCAGAUGAUAUUUUUCAAAUGCUCUUUCGAGAGGAAGCCUAGUGUUAUAAAGAAGAAAGCGGCCAGAAAGAACAGUUGGGGGACUGUGGGAAUGUCAUUAAAUAUUUCAGUGACUUCUGCGCAUAUGAGAGUUAUAAACCCCACGUACCUCACCAGGUUACUAUCAGGCACAGAUGAGAGCAUGUAUCAGAAACUGGUUUGUCAAUUAUGUUCCAUUUUAUAAACAGGCACUGCUAUUGCAAGCUGAAAAAAAACACAGUCAUAAUUUAAGCCAACUGUCGUGAAAAGAAGUGUCAUAACAGGACAAAACGCUAAAUUUAGUAGAAGUAUUGGAAAGUACAGAUGGGCAAAUUGAGGUCAUCAUAUUUGACUGAAAGGUUUAAUAGAUCUCAAGUUAUUGAAAACAAUCAUUUUGUAUGUCCUCUUGUAUUUCUUUCAAGAAGACCAAUUACAUGCUUGAUAGUAUAUUAUAAUUUGGUCAAUAUCCUCCUUGUACCAUAGGGCUUUUUUGUCCACAGCUUUGUAAAAGCUAUUGAUGGCAUCUGAAAUUAUUUAAAUAAUCUAUCCUGCUUUAGGUAAUAUGUUAAAAGUAGAUAAUGUUCUGAUAUAAUGCUGAAAUAUUUUACUGUAUCCCAACAAUUUACCUUUAAGGAAUGUUUCCUCAUUGUUAGGUUGAGCACUUUUGGUUGCUUAGUCUGUCUUCUAUGCAGAUCUCUGUUUCGCAUAGUGCUAUGAAUGUCACUUAAAAUUUUAAAUAUGGAGUUAUAAUUCUAUAUGCCGAUGAAUAGAUUGUGGUGCCUGACAGACAUUGUUAGGUCAUUGUUGUUGUACCAAAGUUCUAGUGGCUUCAGUAAUUAUAGCAUCCAAUCAUUUCAUGGUGUCUGAGUUUGAAUACUAUGGUUGAGAACUGUAUUUAAUGAUUGUUUCUGCACACUUUUCAAAUAAAAUUGCAUUUUUUAUCAAUCGUUUGUGUACUCAAAGAGACUUUAUUUCUGUGCUAGAGUUGGAUAUAUAGUGGGUGGGGAACAUUAAACUGGGAACUAAAAAUGGUAUCCAUUUGGAACUCUGAAAUGAGGAGUGAUUUGGACUCAGCCGAGUAAUUUUUACUCAUCUCUCCAACAUUUCUCAUUUAUUACUUGUUUAAAGACUGGCCUUUGCAAGGGAAAUUUACUAAUAAUUCUGAAUUAUCAAUUCAUUAAGCAAUUAACAUGUAGAAAUACUUUACAUAGCAUUUCCACAUAUUGUAACACAUUUCUUCCCCACAAAAAAUGUUGAGGCAGGUGGUGGUAUCUCCUUAAGUCUGAGACUAGAGAAAGGAUUGAUGUUUAAGGCCGAUUCAAAACCACAACCAUGUAGUUUCCUUUAAAAUACUCCUUUGCAAAGGCUGCCUUGGUUCCCAGAGUUGUUCCCCCUCCAUAUGUUACUUAGAUAGGCUCUGCCAAGAUAAUGAUGAGUUUUUAAUUUAAAGAUAAACAACUAUCCUACUGCAAGCAAAUAAAUCCUUGGCACUAUCCUCUCAACUCUACUCCCCCUUAGCAGUAAUGAAGCUUCACAU